CCGGGAAACUCCUCAGCUAACCUUUCACGGUGCUCACCACAGUUAGAUUCAUACUCACUGAACGUCUCUCUCUCUCUCUCUCUCUCUCUUUUCUCUCUCUGUGGCGAGCUUGCUCUCCAUGGAUCUAUGAUCUGCGAUCAUUUGUCACAGAUUGAGGAUGGCUAAUUUCCUUGCUCAGUUCCAGACGAUCAAGAAUUCCUUCGACCGCCUCGUAAUUGCAGUUGAAGAUGUCAGUGACCUGUGGCCUACUGUGAAGAAUGGAUUCGAGGAGAGAUUACCGUUCAAAAGAGCUUGUUUGAAUAACAAGACACGUAACCCCAUUGUAGUCGACAAGUUGCCUGCUGAGUUCAUAUUGACUACAGAUGCAAGGCUCCGUAGUAGGUUCCCUCAAGAGCAGUAUUUAUUUUGGUUUCGUGAACCUUAUGCAACUGUUGUUCUGGUCACCUGUGAGGAUCUUGAUGAGUUUAAGACUAUCCUUAAACCACGCUUGAAGCUAAUUGUCCAAAAUGAUGAGCGGGAAUGGUUCAUUGUAUUUGUAUCUAAAGCUCACCCAAAUAACGAUCAAGCCACCAAGCAGGCAAAAAGAGUGUAUAGCAAAGUUGAAGUUGAAUUUAGCUCGAAAAAAAGAGAAAGGUGUUGUAAAUUAGACCUACAUCGCCCUGAAGCAAAUUUUUGGGAGGAUCUGGAGUCCAAGAUAAUGGAGUCCAUGAGAAAUACCCUGGAUAGGCGUGUCCAGUUUUAUGAAGAUGAGAUUCGCAAGCUAAGUGAACAACGCUUGAUGCCAGUUUGGAACUUCUGCAAUUUCUUUAUUUUGAAGGAAAGCUUGGCAUUUAUGUUUGAGAUGGCUCAGCUUCAUGAAGAUGCAUUACGAGAGUAUGAUGAACUAGAGCUCUGCUAUUUAGAAACAGUGAGCGUGACCACGAAGAAGAGAGAUUUUGGUGGAAUUGACCAUGGUGACGACCAAGCAACGUUGCUUGAUCCUGGGAGUAAGCCAUUGACACAGAUUGUUCAAGAUGACUCAUUUCGAGAAUUUGAAUUUAGACAAUAUCUUUUUGCCUGUCAAACAAAGCUAUUAUUCAAGCUGAAUCGACCCUUUGAAGUUGCUUCGAGAGGUUAUACAUUCAUAAUUGCCUUCUCAAAGGCACUGUCUAUACAUGAGAACAUAUUACCUUUCUGUAUGCGUGAAGUUUGGGUAACAACUGCUUGCUUGGCUUUAAUCAGUGCAAUUGCUUCACAUUAUAGUGAAGGCAUCAUGACUCCAGACACAGAAAAGGAGUUCUUCCGCUUACAGGGUGACCUUUAUUCAUUAUGCAGAGUGAAGUUCAUGAGGCUCGCAGAGUUAAUUGGAUAUGGUUCAUAUAUAGAGAGAAGUCCAGUCAACAGUGCUUGGCUGAGCAUGCUACCAUGGCCCAAGCCAUCAGUUUGGCCUUCGGUUCCACCUGAUGCUUCAUCUGAAGUGUUGGCAAAGGAAAAGAUUAUUCUUCAAGAAACUCCACGAGUCAAGCACUUUGGUAUUCAAAAGAAACAACUGCCUCUAGAACCUUCUUUGCUUUUGCGAGAAGCAAAUCGUCGGAGAGCUUCUCUUUCUGUGGGAAAUACAUUUGAAACGUAUGAUCGUCCAACUUUUAUUGAUGGAUCAGGUCCAGAUGUGCCAUCAAAGAUGUCCCCUAAUAAAACACAUGGGAGCUCCAUGUCACGUACUUACUCUUCCCCAGGAUUUGAAAACACAAUUGAUCCACCUAUGAGACUUGCUGAGAUUUAUGUUGCUGCGGAACAUGCUUUGAAGCAAACAAUCACUAGUUCUGAGCUAUGGCAGAGCUUAUCAGCUGUGGAGGAAUUUGAGAAAAAGUAUCUGGAGCUAACUAAGGGUGCUGCGGAAAAUUAUUAUCGGUCCUGGUGGAAAAGACAUGGAGUUGUUCUUGAUGGUGAAAUAGCUGCUGUCAGCUUUAGACAUGGUAACUUCGAUGUGGCAGCAAAGUCGUACGAGAAGGUUUGUGCCCUUUUUUCUGGUGAAGGAUGGCAGGAUCUAUUGGCUGAAGUUCUUCCAAAUUUGGCAGAAUGUCAAAAGAAACUUAAUGACGAUGCUGGCUACCUCUCAUCUUGUGUGAGAUUGCUAUCAUUAGAUAAAGGCUUAUUUUUGACAAAAGAUCGCCAAGCUUUUCAAUCAGAAGUGGUACGCCUUGCACACAGUGAGAUGAAGGACCCUGUACCCCUGGAUGUUUCAUCAUUAAUUACAUUUUCUGGAAAUCCCGGACCCCCCCUAGAAUUAUGCGAUGGUGAUCCUGGAACUCUGUCUAUUACUGUUUGGAGUGGCUUUCCUGAUGAUAUAACUCUUGAUUCAUUGAGCCUUACCUUGAUGGCCACAUACAGUGCGGACGAAGGUGUUAAGCCGAUAAGGAGCUCCACGGAAACUGUGCUACAACCUGGUCGUAAUAUUAUUACCCUUGCUUUGCCUCCUCAGAAACCAGGUUCUUAUGUUUUAGGGGUUAUUACUGGCCAGAUUGGGAAGCUGAGAUUCCGAUCUCAUAGUUUUUCCAAGGGUGAUCCUGCUGACAGCGAUGAUUUUAUGAGUUAUGAGAAACCAACUAGACCUAUCUUGAAGGUUUUCAAACCAAGGCCAUUAGUUGAUCUUAUAGCUGCGAUUUCAUCCCCUCUACUCGUAAAUGAACCUCAGUGGGUUGGAAUCAUUGUUCGGCCCAUCAAUUACUCCCUUAAAGGAGCAAUCUUACAUGUUGAUACUGGUCCCGGUUUGAAGAUUGUAGAAUCUCGUGAAAUUGAGAUGGAGACCUAUGUUGACUUGAAAAGUUCAGUUGACAUGGCACACACCGUUGAUACUAAGAAUUUUGAACGAUUGUGCCUCAGUGAUGGUAGAAUUGAGUUCCCAGAUUGGGCAAGUAAUGAGACAUCUAUUUUGUGGAUACCAAUUCAUGCUAUCAAUGAGAGGCUUGCAAGAGGAACAACCACAGUCGCUUCUCAGAGACAGAGUAUUGUGGAUGGAAUGAGAACAAUAGCACUGAAAAUCGAAUUUGGAGCUUUUCACAACCAGACGUUUGAGAAGACUCUAGCUGUGCAUUUCACUGACCCUUUUCAUGUGAGCACACGCAUUGCUGAUAAAUGCAACGAUGGGAAUUUGCUUCUACAGGUGAUUAUACAUUCUGAAGUUCAGGCUACUUUGACAGUAUACGACGCUUGGCUUGAUCUUCAGGAUGGGUUUGUUCAUACUGGAAAUGACGAUGGAAGACCAUUGUCGGGCUACUUCCCAUUAGUUAUUUCCCCAUCUUCUAGAGCAGGAAUCCUCUUCAGUAUACGUUUGGGUAAAACAAAUUAUGAAGAUGAAGAUGCAGUGACAAGUCCUGAAAGCAUAUUAAAUAUUAGAUAUGGGAUCUCUGGGGAUAGAACGCUUGGGGCACACCCGCCUGUUGCUAUAGAAUUAACUGGAACUGAAGAUGCUAAACAGGACUUGCUGUUCAAGAGCGCUCUAGUUUUGCAAAGGCCAGUACUUGAUCCUUGCCUGGCUGUUGGAUUUCUUCCUCUUCCUUCCGACGGCCUAAGAGUCGGACAGCUUAUUACAAUGAAAUGGAGGAUUGAAAGGCUAAAUACUUUACCAGAGAAUGAGAAUUCCAAAUGCAAUCUUGAUGAUGUGUUGUACGAAAUCGAUGCUAAGUCUGAAAAUUGGAUGAUUGCCGGUAGGAAAAGAGGAUAUGUUUCACUCUCUCCCAAACAAGGGUCAAGAAUGGUGAUCUCAAUACUAUGCAUGCCACUGGUGGCUGGUUACGUUCGCCCACCUAAACUCGGUUUGCCAAAUAUCGACGAGGCGAACAUAAGUUUCAAUCCUGCUGCUCCACACCUGGUUUGUGUUUUACCACCAGCGCUCAGUUCUUCAUUCUUUAUUCCAGCGUGAUUGUUCUUGGCACGUGUUUUAUUGUCUUCGUAGGUGGUAAUAGUUAUCCACUCCGAAAUCUCGAAAAAGUAUUCCUUUCUAUCGUAAAUUAGAUUUGUAAAGAUUCAAACUAGGUGUUACUCUUGAAUCUCUUUCCUCCCUCCCUCCCUUAGGUCAAACGUUUUUGGUCAUCCAAUGAGUUUGAUUCUUGCGGGUUAGUUACUUUGGUAGUUUUAGCAGUUAAAGUUCGACAAGCCUCGCCAAUGUACAGAACGUCUUAGUGUAACGACGCAUCCUACGAAUAUAGAGUCCAAUUACAGAAACAUCUUUUUUAGAAAAGAAAUGUGAAUUUGUGUUUGUUUAUGGGUGGUUCAUUGGAGCAAGCUCAAAUUCUCACUGGACUAAUUUUGCCUUA